CGGGCUGGGCGUGCACAACGCCGCGAUUAUCCUGGGUGCAAUCAACGGGGCGUCGGCCAUGGGUCAGUUUGUGGCCGGGUAUGCCGCAGAUGUGGUGGGUCCGGUGAACUCGCUGCUGCUGUUCACGUUCAUUUCGACGCUGUCAAAUGCGAUCCUGUUUGUGCCAACGCUCACUUUCCACUCGCUGCUCGCGUACGCUUGCCUGUGCGGCAUGUCAAUAGGCGCCGCAGACCCGCUGGCGGUCAUGGCGGGUGUGACGCAGUUUGGGCGGUCCCGUGCGGCAUCCACCACGGGCAUGAUGUACGGAUCAGUAGGGUUCCUGGUCUUGAUUACGGCGCCCAGUGCUAGAGUCGUUCUAUCGACCAUUGGCGGCGGAGAGAACUACCGGCCGGUCUAUGUGAUGAUUGUGGUUAUGUUUGCGAUGAGCACACUGUUCCUGCUUGCACUGCGCCUGCGCAUCUCGCGCCAGCUGGUUGUUCGAGCAUAGAGCUUGUAUCAUUUUAGAAUCACCCCCUUUUUCCAAUACCCGUAACAUUUCGCUUUCUUACUACAACUAUACAGGGCAACACCGAAAACUGUGGCAAAAAAUAAAAUAAAACGCAAUAGAAAAGUUAUACGCCUUCCUUAAUCCUCCUGCCAUGAGCACGCCAUCUACAUCCACACCAACAGCAGAGGUGACAGCCAAAGAAACAGCCACAAACGAUGCGUCUGCCAAACCCACGGCGCCAGCAGCGCCAGCCACGGUGCCAGCAACCAAUGCAGCCACAGCAUCCAACGGCAAGCCCACAGGCGAAGGCGGCAGUGAGAC